AUGACGUUGUUUAUUGGAUUUCUUGUUGUUGUUUUGACUGGUGGAUAUCAAUGCGACUGCACACAAAUCAACUCCAGCAUUAAUAAUGGAUUCAACCCUGUAAAAUGUUUAUUAUUUCCCAACACAUAUUCGUACUGUUUUAACAAUAAUUUUAAUUUUGAUAAUUACUUUAACACUUUUGAAGAUGUUUAUAUUCUUCAAAACAUGGAAUUUACAAAUAUUGGCUUUUAUAAUUGGCAAAAUAUUAAUACAACAACACUCUUUGAAAACGUCAGUUUAGCCAUUUCAAGUCCUUUACACUUCAACAAAACUCUAAAUAUAGAGAGUGGUGCUGUCAUCAAUGUUAUUAACAAUAAACCAAUAUUUGGUUUAUUUUCUGAAGCGGGAAAUCUCAAUCUUACAAAUCCGGAACUGAACAAGCCAAGAAUUAUAUCGUGGAACUCGACUUAUAUUCACCUCCACAGACACUAUAAUGGAAGACUAGAUUUCCAAAUAUUAAAUCCAAUAAGUGGUGCAAAGUGUUUUGAUGUGUUUUCCCUCAACAAUCAAAGCAAUCUGGAUAUUGGUACAAGACCUGAUCAUAUUUCUUCUGCGAUGUUUGAGUAUUCAUACAACUUCACAGAUGGGAAGGGGUAUUUGAUAUCAAAUAAAAAGUUGAUUCGAUUCUGUCCAAAUGGGACACAACUUGACACAAAUGUCAUCUGCACUUUGAAAAAAGAAAUGUACACCAAUGACAGCCCAACAACAAUGGAAGGUGCUUUUGACUAUCCACACUGUCCUUGUAAUUCAGACUCCACUGUUAACUGCAAGUUAAAGUUUUCAGAAAUGUUUGAUUUGUAUAAUAUGUACAAUUUUGAUAUUUCAAAUACGGAAUUGCUUGUUAAUCGAGAUAUUAAAGUAACAAAUCUUAAAAGAGUGAAACAAUUGACAAUUAAUAAUGACACCAAACUCGAUAUUUCUGCGCACUUUGACAAUACAAUCUUUUCAUUUUCAUUUGGAGUGUUGACAAAUGGGGUGUAUGAAGAUAAAUAUAUUACUGAUGCAUCGUUACAAUAUCACACGUCUUCCAGUACAUUGGAGUGCAUAGGAAACUUUAACUACAGCAUCUCUCUCGUUAAAGAAAUUCGAUACUUCCAAAUAGAAUGUCCAAGUACUAUUGAAGUUCUGAAUUUGUAUGAAAAAACAAGUGUUGUGAUUUUGCAAAACACUUCUUUGUAUCAAAUAAACAAAAUUCAAUUUGGUCUAUAUGGUACAAGUUACACAGUGAUGGAUAAUCCAUCAAAUAAUAAAAUACACAAAGGAUGUAUUCUCAUUGAAUUAACAAAAGAUAAAACAAUUUGUUUGUUGUGUGGUGAAAAUUAUCAACUCCUUGAAGGGGAAUGUCUUCCUAUUGAUGAGAAAUGUCAAAUUUGGAAUUUGAAUGGCAUUUGUACGAUGUGUGUAAACAAUUAUGUUUUGGAUGAUGAUCACGAAUGUAUAUCUUCAGAUAACUGUUCAAUUGGAACAACCACAGAGUGUUACAAAUGCCGAAACAAUUAUAUUCGGAACAACAACAAUUGUUAUAAAGAAAAUAAGUGUGUUCUAUCCAAUGAAUAUCUGUGUUUACAUUGUAGUGCAGGAAACACAGAAGCAAAUUGUGAGAAGUGUGUUGACAUAAAUUGUCAGCUCUGUGAAUCAGAAAAAUGUAUUUUGUGUAACAUGGGAUUUGUAAUCAACUCUGUUGGAAUAUGUGAAAUACAACACAACGGGUUGACUGUUGGAGUUUCGACUAUUUGGUGUAAUGGCACUUUUUACAUUGAAAAUGAAAGUUGUAACAGUUGUUCAUUGAAAUACGAACACUCUCAUUUAUGUGAUAAAACACAUGUUGUCUCGUGUCAACCAAAUUACAAACAAAAUGAUUACGGACUUUGCAUAGCAAUAAUGUGUACAAAUACAACAACGAUAGACCAAAACGGACUCUGCCAAACAGAUAUAAACAGUUGUGUGUUCAUCGUGAACAAUAAAUGUGUUGAAUGUGAAAAUACCUCUAUUCUUAAUAAUAACAAAAGUUGUGCUGAAACAUCACAUAAUAAUAAUUCAACAAAUUGUAUCUCAUUUAACAAAAAUGGGUGCAUUUCAUGUGCAAUUGGGUAUUACCUGUCAAAUACAGAAUGUAAUUUAUGUUCAGAGAAUUGCACCAGUUGUGUAGAGAGUGACACGAAGUGUCUUUCGUGCAAGUCUGGAUUUUAUCAAGGAGAGAAUUACUCGUGUUUGCCAAGCACAGACUUGUUGAGUAAAUGCAACAAAAUAUCAACAAUUACAAAUGGGUGUUAUCAAUGCAAAGACGGGUAUUACAGAGUUGGUCUGAAUUGCUUUGAGUGUCUAUUGAAUUGUUCAACAUGCAACACAAAAGAUAAAUGUUUGACUUGUAAUUCGACAAAUUACAAGACGUUGAGUGGAAAUUGUUUGCCACAGAACAGUGUUGUUGGGUGUGCUGUUAAAGUCACACAAUAUGGGUGCGACAAGUGUAUAGAUGGGUAUUACAAAGUUAAUUACAAUGAGUGUGAAAGGUGUCAUGACAACUGCACAAUAUGCACACAACCCGAAAAAUGCACAUCAUGUUUUGAAAAUAUGGUAUUAUAUGAAAAUGGACUUUGCUAUGACAUUUCAUUUGUAUCAAAUUGUGUUGCUGUCUCAAACUCAAAAUGCUCCAGAUGCACAUUCUGGCACUCGACAAAUGGAAAUGGCACACUUUGUGACAAGAAGGCGGUCUGGUGGGUACUUCUCAUAGUAGUGUUGUUUGCAAUUAUUGUGAUGGCAGUUGUGAUAACAUCAAUUGUAUUUGUUGUGUAUUUUAUUGAGAAGAAAAUCCGACAAAAGAAGAUUGAAAUGACAGCAACACUUUUCAAAAUGAGUCGCUCCAACAUCACAUUUGUAUCGCUUGAUGAUGAUGUUGUAGUCAAUAAAACAGAAAUAUCAUUUGGUCAGGACGUUGAUGUCAACGCACAACAACGAGAACUUCUGUGUGUUGGCAACACAUCAAAACACAAUAUGAAAAUCCAAAUCACAACAAAAGGUGCAACAAUUGAGAAAUAUGUAUUUGAGUCAAAUCCGAAGAUAGUAAUGUUGCCAAGUGGCGAGGCGUGUGAGUUUGAGAUAUUACUGACUUUGAAAUGCACAACUAGAAUGGAUGAGAGU